AGAAGUGAGUUGGAGACCCGGACGUUGGUCCUCGGGAUGCCAGGCGCGCGGGCUGCUCCGGUUGAGUCCGUUUCCGGGACAGUCUGUCAGAGAAUCGGUGCAAAAAGCGGAAGUUUGCGCUGAAAGGAAACGCGGAGGCGGGAGAUGCCGCUCCGUGUGCCUUUUUUUUAUUAUUCACAUUACUAGUUGAAGCGACCGGGAGACCUGGAUAGAGAUCAGCAGGAAACCUUUGGGUUGGUUGAAUAUUUCCGCGGUCAGAAAGACGGAGGUAAACCGUCAGCUGAGGAGACCGGAGGAGAACAUCUGUGUGGAUGAGGAGCGGCUGAGCGCCCGCCGGCGUCUGGAGGGUUAACUCCAAGCCUUCCCGCCUCAGAGGGGUUCGGGGGCGAGGAGAUAAAGAUGCCGGGGUCGCUGAGCAAUGAAGAGGAGGGACAGGACGACAUGGAUUAUGAAGAGGAGCUGCCAGAUGAGGAUGAUGACGGCGAGCGCAGCGCUGUUCCCCUCACACCCCUCGCCAGCUUCUUCUCUGAUGAAGACUCCCUCAGAGAACAGAAGAGGAAGAAGCCCAAAAAGAUGAGAGAGGGGAAAAUAUCCACAGUGAAAAAGAGGAAGAAAGAGGGAGGACUCCACAUCCGGUUGGACAGUGACCUGGAGACGUCGGAGGUAGAGGACGAGCGGGAGCGCCUGGACAUCGGCUCAGAGAGUGAGAGCAGCAUGUAUGUCACCAUGAAGAAGAAGAAGAAAAAACCCCGGGAGAAGAAAGAGAAGAAGCCCAGGAAGAAGAAGAGGGACGGGGAGGAAGACGAGGAGGGCGAUGAUGACGGGAACAUGAAAGAACCCAAAUCCUCCAGCCAGCUGAUGCAUGAAUGGGGUCUUGAGGAUGUUCAGUACGGCUUCACAGAGGACGACUAUAAAACCAUCACCAACUACAAGGCUUUCAGCCAGUUCCUGAGGCCUCUCAUCGCCAAGAAGAACCCGAAGAUCCCCAUGUCAAAGAUGAUGACGGUGUUGGGGGCCAAAUGGAGAGAGUUCAGCGCCAACAACCCAUUUAAGGGGGCGUCUGCCACCGCCGUGGCCGCCGCCGUGGCUGCUGCCGUAGAAACCGUCACCGUGGCUCAGCCGACGUCCGUCAGCUGCAGCCAGCCCAGCUCCCAGCAAAGUCCAAUCAAAAAAGCCAAAACCAAAGAGGGAAAGGGACCCGGCGUCCGCAAGAAAAGCAAGGCCGUGAAGGAUGUGAAGAAAAAAGCCAAGCCCAAAAAGACCAAAUCCAAGCCAGGCCAAAGCGGGAAGAAGAAGAAGGUGUCUUCGAGCGAGGAGGACUUCCUGGAGGAGUCGGACUUUGACGACAUCAGCAUCCACAGUGCCUCUGUGCUUUCUGACACCUCGGGGGCAGCAAACAAGAAAAGGGCCCGGCGUGGGCGCAAGAAAAGGAAAAAGGAGGACGGCGAUGGCUACGAGACGGACCACCAGGACUACUGCGAGGUCUGCCAGCAGGGCGGGGAAAUUAUCCUGUGUGACACCUGUCCAAGAGCCUACCACCUGGUCUGCCUGGACCCUGAGUUGGAGAAGGCCCCCGAGGGGAAAUGGAGCUGUCCACACUGUGAGAAGGAGGGAAUCCAGUGGGAGGCCAAAGAUGAGGAGGAGGACGAGGAGGAGCCAGCAGGAGAGGAGGAGGACGACCACAUGGAGUUCUGUAGAGUUUGUAAAGAUGGAGGAGAGCUGUUGUGCUGCGACACCUGUCCGUCCUCCUACCACAUCCACUGCCUCAACCCGCCUCUUCCUGAGAUCCCCAACGGGGAGUGGCUAUGCCCCCGCUGCAUGUGUCCUCCUCUCAAAGGAAAGGUUCAGAAGAUUUUGCACUGGACGUGGGGAGAGCCCCCGCUGCCGGCCGAGCCGCCGGCAGGUCCCGACGGAAAGCCCUCCGAUCCCCUGAGCAACCCCCCGCUGAAAGGUCGUCCGGAGAGGGAGUUCUUUGUGAAGUGGGCGGGGCUCUCCUACUGGCACUGCUCCUGGGUCAGCGAGCUGCAGCUGGAGCUGUAUCACACCGUCAUGUACCGCAACUACCAGAGGAAGAACGACAUGGACGAGCCCCCCCCGUAUGACUACGGCUCCGGAGAGGAGGAGAUCAACAACGAGAAGAGGAAAAGCAAAGACCCCCAGUAUGCUGUGAUGGAGGAGCGCUUCUACCGCUACGGCAUCAAACCCGAGUGGAUGGUCAUUCACCGGAUACUCAACCACAGUUUUGAUAAGGACGGUGAUGUGCAUUACUUGAUUAAGUGGAGGGACCUCCCGUAUGACCAGUGCACGUGGGAGGUGGAUGACUUUGACGUCCCAGAGUAUGACACCCAUAAGCCUUCUUACUGGGACCACAGGGAGCAGAUCUUAGGCGAGGACCAGCGCCCCCUGGUGGUGAGGAAAGGGAAAAAGCUACGAGAUGACCAUCAGAAGAGAGAAGCUCCUCCUGAUGCUCCCAUCAUAGAUCCCACCAUCAAGUUUGAGCACCAGCCCUGGUACAUCAACGCCACCGGAGGGACGCUGCACCCAUACCAGCUGGAGGGCCUGAACUGGCUAAGGUUCUCGUGGGCUCAGGGGACCGACACCAUCCUGGCUGAUGAGAUGGGACUGGGAAAGACGGUGCAGACAAUCGUGUUUCUUUACUCGCUGUACAAAGAGGGUCAUUCUAAAGGGCCGUUUUUGGUCAGUGCCCCUCUGUCCACCAUCAUCAACUGGGAGAGAGAAUUUGAGAUGUGGGCUCCGGACUUCUAUGUGGUGACUUACACCGGAGACAAAGACAGCAGGGCCAUCAUCAGGGAGAACGAGUUCACCUUCGAGGACAGUGCUGUCAAAUCGGGGCGCAAAGUGUUUCGUAUGAAGAAAGACACUCCCAUCAAGUUCCACGUUCUGCUCACGUCCUACGAGCUGAUCACCAUCGACCAGGCCAUCCUGGGCUCCAUCACGUGGGCCUGCCUGGUUGUAGACGAGGCUCACCGACUGAAAAACAACCAAUCAAAGUUUUUUAGAAUCCUCAAUGGGUACAAGAUUUACUACAAGCUGCUCCUCACUGGGACUCCUCUGCAGAACAACCUGGAGGAGCUGUUCCAUCUGCUGAACUUCCUCACCCCUGAUCGCUUCAAUAACUUGGAGGGCUUCUUGGAAGAGUUUGCCGACAUCUCAAAGGAGGACCAGAUCAAGAAGCUCCACGACCUGCUGGGCCCGCACAUGCUCAGACGGCUGAAAGCCGACGUCUUCAAGAACAUGCCAGCAAAAACGGAGCUGAUCGUCCGGGUGGAGCUCAGCCCCAUGCAGAAGAAGUACUACAAGUUCAUCCUCACACGGAAUUUCGAGGCGCUGAAUUCCAAAGGUGGAGGGAACCAGGUGUCUCUGCUCAACAUCAUGAUGGAUCUGAAGAAGUGCUGCAACCACCCGUACCUGUUUCCUGUCGCUGCUGUGGAAGCUCCUGUGCUCCCCAACGGCUCCUACGACGGAAACCUGCUGGUGAAGUCCUCCGGAAAGCUGACGCUGCUGCAGAAAAUGCUGAAGAAGCUCAAAGAUGAAGGUCACAGGGUUCUCAUUUUCUCCCAGAUGACAAAGAUGCUGGAUCUGCUUGAGGACUUCCUGGAGUUUGAGGGUUAUAAAUAUGAGCGUAUUGAUGGCGGGAUCACUGGAGGCCUUCGGCAGGAGGCCAUUGACCGCUUCAACGCUCCGGGCGCGCAGCAGUUCUGCUUCCUGCUUUCAACACGGGCGGGAGGUCUCGGCAUCAACCUGGCGAGCGCCGACACCGUCAUCAUCUACGACUCGGACUGGAACCCUCACAACGACAUCCAGGCUUUCAGCAGAGCGCAUCGCAUUGGCCAAAACAAGAAGGUGAUGAUCUAUCGCUUUGUGACUCGGGGCUCCGUGGAGGAGAGGAUCACUCAGGUGGCGAAGAGGAAAAUGAUGCUGACUCACCUGGUGGUGAGGCCCGGUCUGGGCUCCAAAACGGGCUCCAUGUCCAAACAGGAGCUGGACGACAUCCUCAAGUUUGGAACCGAGGAGCUGUUCAAGGAUGAAAUGGAGGCGGCUCGAACGAUGGGAGAUAACAAAGAUGGAGAGGAGGGCAGUGUUAUCCACUACGACGAUGAUGCCAUCUCCAAGCUGCUGGACCGCAGUCAGGAUGCCACCGAGGACACGGACAUCCAGAACAUGAACGAGUACCUGAGCUCCUUCAAGGUGGCGCAGUACGUGGUGAAGGAGGAGGACGGAGAGGAGGAGGUGGAGAGGGAGAUCAUCAAGCAGGAGGAGAACGUGGACCCCGACUACUGGGAGAAGCUCCUGCGUCAUCACUACGAGCAGCAGCAGGAAGACCUGGCCCGGAACCUGGGCAAGGGCAAACGCAUCCGCAAGCAGGUCAACUACAACGACACCACCCAGGAGGACCAAGAAUGGCAGGAUGAUCUUUCAGACAAUCAGUCGGAGUACUCCGUGGGGUCCGAGGACGAGGACGAAGACUUCGAGGAGCGACCUGAAGGGGGACGCAGACAAUCUCGCCGGCAGCUCAAGAACGAGAAAGACAAACCUCUGCCUCCUUUGCUGGCCCGGGUCGGAGGCAGCAUUGAGGUCCUGGGGUUCAACGCUCGCCAGAGGAAAGCUUUCCUCAACGCCAUCAUGCGCUGGGGCAUGCCUCCACAGGACGCCUUCAACUCGCACUGGCUGGUCAGGGACCUGAGAGGGAAGAGCGAGCGGGAGUUCAGAGCCUACGUGUCCCUCUUCAUGAGACAUUUAUGUGAGCCGGGGGCCGACGGCGCAGAGACGUUUGCUGAUGGCGUUCCUCGAGAGGGCCUGUCCCGUCAGCAUGUUCUGACCAGGAUCGGAGUCAUGUCGCUGGUCAGGAAGAAGGUGCAGGAGUUUGAGCACGUAAACGGUAAGCUGAGCUCUCCUGAUCUGAUUCCCAUCGGAAUAGAGCUGAAGAAGCUGACAGAGAGCGUCUCUUCUGAUCCGAACACUCCGGCGCCUGCCAGCCCCAUUGCUACCCGGCCCAGCACCCCCAUCCCUCAAGAGAAGACAGAGUCUUUGGUGGGGGGCUGUGAGGACAAGGACUCGACGGAACAAGAUGGAAGGAAAGGGCCAGAGCAGGAAGUGACAGAUGCUGAGUCUGCACCUGAGAAAGCGUCUGAGGGUGAAGACGGCAUAGACGACAAAACCAGUGAGGACAGGAGCAGAGCCGAGUCCCCGCCCACAAAGACAGAGCCCCCAGAACAACCCUCCGCUCAUCCCGCCCUCAAAGCGGACUCCAAAGAAACGGUGAAAUCCUCAGAGAAAAGAGACUCCGCCUCUCCGCCAGACAAAAACGAAGAUAAGGAAAACAAGCCAGAUGAGACGAAGAGCGACGAUCCACUGGAAAGUCGCUUAAACGGAGACAAAGACGCUCUGGAGGAGAUGGAGGAGAGCCGAAAGGAGGACAAGAACGGGUUCAAGGCCAAGUUCAUGUUCAACAUCGCUGAUGGAGGCUUCACAGAGCUGCACACCCUCUGGCAAACGGAGGAGAGAGCAGCCAUGUCUUCUCUGAAGAUGCACGACAUCUGGCACCGUCGCCAUGACUACUGGCUACUGGCUGGCAUCGUGACACAUGGCUACGCUCGCUGGCAGGAUAUCCAGAACGACCCUCGCUACGCCAUCCUCAACGAGCCCUUCAAGUCCGAGAUGCACAAAGGAAACUACCUGGAGAUGAAGAACAAGUUCCUGGCUCGCCGCUUUAAGUUGUUGGAGCAGGCUCUGGUGAUCGAGGAGCAGUUAAGGAGGGCAGCUUAUCUGAACAUGACCCAGGACCCCAGCCACCCGGCCAUGGCCCUCAACACCCGCUUCACAGAGGUGGAGUGUUUGGCUGAGUCCCACCAGCACCUGUCCAAGGAGUCGCUGGCCGGGAACAAGCCCGCCAACGCCGUGCUUCACAAAGUGCUGAACCAGUUGGAGGAGCUGCUGAGUGACAUGAAAGCAGACGUGACCCGACUGCCCAACAUGCUGUCCAGGAUCCCGCCGGUAUCGGCCCGCCUGCAGAUGUCCGAGAGGAGCAUCCUGAGCCGGCUCACCAGCCGGGGCGGCGAGCCCCCCCCACAGACUUUUGGCCAGGGCGGCUUCGCCUGCUCACAGAUGUACGGCGGGGGUUUUGCUGCAGGAUUCAGAGGACCUGGCGGACAGCCCAUGGUUAACUACAGUCAGAUGCCCUUAGGACCUUACGUCAGCGUGUCUUCAAAUGGAACCGCAUUACCCACAAGCCAUCUGGACAAGAAAUCGCUCGAGUCCCUGAGAGACGUGGGGACUCCUGACCUGAAAUCGGGCAAACCUACUGAUGUCAUCUGCAUCGAGGACUAGACGGCUGGAGGGAUGGAGUCUGUGUGGACCGGAUCCGCUCCGGCGCUCCUGCUUCUUUUCCAUCAACACCAAGCGCUGCCCUCUGCUUUUUGGGGAUGGAACUUUUUGAAUUCUCGUACCUAUCUUAAAGAUUGCACUUUUUAUCUUUUAAAGAACUCACAAACGUUCUUCAGAGGGUUUUGGUUUACCUGUGAUGAGGAUUUGCAGGCUGGAGAGACCAUUCCUCUGGACUCUGAGCCGUGCGCGGCGAAACGAAACUCAAGCGAAAUCUGUUUGAUUCGGAUUCAUUUAAUCCUGGAAUGUGAGUUUUAUCUGUGUGAGCUGCAACUUUUUUAUUCUCUGUGCGCCAUCUUGCUUUUCCCCGCUCGCUAACGCACUGUUACACUGUGACCGUGUGCCGCUCUGGGAGAGGAGGAAGCUGCUUUCGGAAUCUGAAAUUUUUCAAGUGACACUUUAUGAGUUUGUGUUUUUGUCAUCCUUGAAGCCAGCAGAAGGAAGAUUGAUUCAGUCAUAGAUGCAGUCGCAGACGUGACCCACUGCCACCUGCUGUUUUACCUGGAUAAAGUCAUUCUGCUCCGCCUGCAGCACCUGUCCUACUGUAUAUACUCAGAGACUGCAGCGGAUUUACCUCAUUAGGGACUAACGAUGCUGAAAAUGUAGACGAUGAAGUCAAAGAGCUGCCUUGGAGCUGCAGACAGAAAUCAGCUUUGAGCUUUGGGAGUGCCCAGAGGGAUUUGGAUGCAUUUUAACCAGACUUUAGUAUUUCUGUGAAUAGUACAAUAUUUGUGAUUUUGUUUUCUUCUUCAUAUGAAUGUUAGUUAUAGCUGUACAGCUUGAACCCGGUGCCAUGGCCACAUUUAGAGCUUCAGACCAACUGAAAGUCUUGAACGGAGGGUUGUGUUUGUUUUCUUCACGUGUCUCAUGGAUUUUUGCUUCAUUUUCAAAUAGAAAGCAGACUUUUGGUGUCAAGGUUGGACGGAUUUUGUUUCCCUCUAAUUGAAUCAGGUGUGUUGAUUUUUUUUUGGUGCCAUAGAGGAAGAAGAAUCCGGACGAUGUGGUUCUCCUCAGAGACUUUCAUCUGACUGAAUGGCCUCUGUAUGUCACCUCCGGAAGACCACAGUGUUGCACUACAUUAUCCUCAUCUCUGCUUCCUUGUUCUUUGGUUGAUUUACAGCAAAUGAAAAGAUGGUGAAACUUUACAUUUAAAUGAAGUAACUGGAUCAAUUUUUUGACAGAAAAAUAUUGCAGAAACAGUCUAAUGGCUGCACAUUUGUUCCCUAUAAUACAGGUUAAAGCGAUAUCUAUAAGCACUCAGUUCUGUUGACUUUGAUGUCAAACAACUGUUAAAAAUGUUUGACACAUUUGCACUAAAAAAAAGUAAUCUCAGCGUCGGGAUACGCUGCCCUAAAAACCGUGGAAAAAUAUGAUAGUGCCUUCACAAAUCUGCAAACUAACAUCCCAUAAAAGGUCUGUCAGGAGUUGGAGGUGACACGAGUCAGAGGAAAAACACCUUCUGUCAGGAUUUCCAGUAAACCAUUUCAAAAUCCAACUUAAAAAACUCGAUCCAGUGAUUGUUGAGGCUUUCUGACGUGUUGCAGCGAUUCCGGGACAGGUUGUUGGUGUUAUGAAAACAGUUUUCGCUUCAGAAAAGAUUUUUUUGUUCCUGCAUCUCCUGCUGGCUUUUUUCAUUGGUAUUUAUUUAUUUAUUUUUUGCUUUCAGAUUUUGUUCUCCAGCAAACCGUGAAAAUGUUUUUGCUGUUUUUGCACUAUAAAUGGAGAAAUUCCUGCAUUCUUUGCUACAAAAAUGUGAGAAAUCUUGUCAAAAAAUAAUAUUUAGUAUAACUUUUAGAACAUCAGUCAUGUUUGUACUGUUAAUAAAAAACAUAUUUUUAUUUAUUUUUUCCAUCAGACUCUCGGUGGAGCUGAACUUUUCCUGUGUUCCAACUUUUUUUAGUUUGUUGCUGCAAAAUCAAUAAGAAUCAGUUCCAACCAUUGACUGUACAAGAGUGACUGGCUCUCUAAACAGGAAGUACCUGGAGCUAUUAUUCAGUCGUUGUAUUGGUCAGAAUAACCAUUCUUGCUCUGAUACCCCUUUUUUCUUGAUAAUCCUCUUUUUUCAGUAUUUUUUCUGUAGUUCAAGUUUUUAAAGUUAUAAACUGACCAAUCAGAUACCGCAGUAAAAGUGACGUUUGACGCCUGGUUCAGUGGAGGCCUCUUCCAUUCAGCCCCCUUGUUAACCUAUGGCGUGAUUCACACCAGGCGCGGUCCUCCGCAGAAGACUCGCACCAUGCAUGUUUCAGUCCAUUUUGUGUGCGAGUCGCGAGCGAUCUGCAUCAACUCUUGCAGGAAGUUACAUCACAUGAGAAAAUCUGGUUUAUUUUCAUAAUAAAACAGAAUUUUCACAAUAGAACACUGUGGUUGAUAAAUGCGAUCAUGUUUUUGUAAUAUUUUUUGGUUUAUUCAUUUACCCAUGAUUGCAAAAAUAAACAACCAACCAAAAAAAGUUCUAGCAGAAGCCCUGUCGACCGUCGCGGAAAAAUGUGCAUCUGGUGUGAACUGCAGGAGAGAGUGGAUGCCGGCGCUUCCGCGUCCAGAGUGAACUAGGCGUAAUUGAGAAAUUUUCCUUUAAAAUGGAGGAGGUGUGUCCUUCCAACAAGCUCCUUCUGAUUGGUGAGAGUGGUUGUCAUAGAAACGUUGACCCAGAAUGACUCGGACCAAUCACAGUUCCCUGAUGACUUCUGAAGAUAACAUGGCAUCGUCUAUAUAGUGGAAAAAUGGUAACGGAAUUGACUUGAUUUAGUUGGAGCCAGAAUAAGCCAUUUUCUAUGAAUGAUGUCGCACUCACCCAGUCCAGUUCUCAUAUGCAGUCAGUGUUUCCAUUUGAAAUGUUCUAAAUUGAUGAGCUGUUUCUUUGAUUCAUUUCAACAUAAUGAUUUCAUUUUUUUUGGAAGAAAAAAUUGUGAAUUUUAGCUUUUUUUUUUUUUUUAAUUUGGUUGAAGAUGCCAGUUUUUUCACUUUUUCUUUUCAAAGAGGGUGGAAUGUUUCUGUCGCCCUCACACAGAUGUCUUCACUGACUGACGGUCUGAAAUGAUCUGAUCUAAAUGGUUCUUUUGUUUUCAUCUUUUCCUGCAGUAUUUUCUUGAGGUGCUUUCAUGUAUUCAUCCAGAAUGUAACCUUUCUCCCCGCCUUUGGUACCACCCAACAUCCUCUGACUGGAAUCUCUACUUUAUGACCAAACAGCGCCAUGUGAUGACCCCCCCUCUGUGCUAUUCUUUGUUAGUGUCCAUCAGUGCAAAUCGUCAUCGGCGGCGUUCUUCGUCGUGCCAUCAAUACUUGAGUGAAACAUGUUACUUGACAGAUGGGACCUCAGAAAAUGUAAAUACUUGAAGGAUUUUUCAGAGAUACAUUUUUGUAUUUGGGUAAACUGAUGAAUGUUUACUGAAUGGUGUGGCCAUGGAACUGCCAUGUGCGAAGUUUGUGCUCAUCAAUCAGAAUCACGACUUUCCCUUUGGAGCAGUGGCGUCAAAACAAACAAUGAAAUGCAAUCAAACUGAAGUCGGUAUGAAUGUAACGUUUGUUAAAAAGGCUUCAGUCUAAUAUUAUAAAUAUGUUAACAAUGUAUGUACUUGCUUACUAAGUUGGCUUCAAAAGCUACCAGAAGACCCUGAAAAGGCACCUUUGUUGCAGUGAAUGCACAGCAUGUGAAGCGUUUGACAGUUCACUUUCAGGGGGCGGCCGUGUAUCUAGCAUUUACAACGAGCUCCCAGCAGUUUUAUGGUUCUCAUCUUUGUGCUGUAUAGCAACUGAACGAAAAAGUGAAUUGUCAUCUUUUUAUUUGUAUUCCGUGUACCUGUUCAACGUGUUUUAUUAAAUCUCCUGGACAACAGCAA